ACCACUGGCCUCCGACAAAUCCGCCGCCGCCGCGUGGGUUGCGGCGAACAUCCUCCCUCAUCCAUCCGGCCGUCAAAUUCACGUGCGUCGCCGCAGGCAACGAGGUGUACCCGGGGGAGCUAGCGCAGUACGUCCCCGCCGCAAUGCGGAAUCUCGACGCCGCCAUCGCCGCGGCCAACUUAUCCAUACCGGUGAGCACGGCCGUUUCCAUGCAGACGCUAUCGACCUCGUACCCUCCCUCCGCCGGCGCCUUCGCCGAGGGCGCCAAGCCCCUGAUGGCUGAGAUCGCGGAGUUGCUGGCGCGGAAGAAGUACCCUCUGCUUGUGAAUGUGUACCCUUACUUCGCCCGCGUGGGGGACCCGCUCAACGUAGAGCUGGACUACGCGCUUUUCAGAGAAGGGGAAACGGUGGUUCACGAUGGGCGGAACACUUACCUGAACCUGUUCGACGCGAUGACGGAUGCGGCCUACGCUGCUUUGGAAAAGGUGGGUGGCGCAGACGUUGAGAUCGUGGUGUCGGAGACGGGAUGGCCGAGUGAUGGAGGGAGAGACGCGAGCAUAGAGAACGCUGGGACGUAUGUGAAUAAUCUGAUGGGACACGUGUCGUCGGGGAAGGGGACGCCGAUGAGGCCGGGGAAGGACAUCCAGACUUAUAUAUUCUCGAUGUUCAACGAGAAUCAGAAGGCGGAGGGUGUGGAGCAGCAUUGGGGCUUGCAUUACUCUAAUCUCACCCCAGUUUAUCAACUGGAUCACCUUUGAUUCAAUUGUGUAUAUAUAUAUAUAUAUAACAACAAUGAUUACUACAA